AUGCACGACAGCGGAGCGGUCUUGAUAGAGAUUGAGUGCGAGGACGAGGAAGACAGCUUCCACAGGAACUUCGCUGUGGAGAAGUACCGGCUGCGUGCUGAGGCUCUGCAGUUGGAGCUUCACCGUCGACUUGCGGACGCAGGCGUGCCCUGCCAGGUCGUGGUGAACCCUGGCCCCGGAGAGGCAUGGCUGCCAUGCAGCUCGUUGAAGAGAUACUUCGUGCUGAAGGCGAAGCAGAGCGUCCAGAUGCGGUACCCGAGGCUGGGAGCUUUCGAGGUCUGGGCGCACCUGCCCCAAGGCUUCUCGCCGCUCGCGGGGGCCCCGGCCCGCCUGCAGGUGUGGUCCAAGCUGGAGAGCAGGCGGUGGCCGCACACCGGCACGCUCGCGGGGACGACUCUGCGGCUCCUGUCCGCGGCGCGCGAGGGCCAGGACGUGCUGUCCCUCCAGCCGCUGCUCCACUGCAGCUCCAGGCAGGCGCUGCCGGCCAGCACCGGUGGCGCCGUCAGGAGGCCGCUGUCGGCGUGCGGAGGCCGCCUGCCGCUGGCGGCCGCGGCGAGGCCGCGCCACUCGGAGAGGCCCGGCGCCCACGGCUGCCCGCGCGCCCCCGCUCUGCAGGCGGCGCCCGAGGGCCACCGCGGCCGCGCCCGGCCGAGGCACCAGAGGCUGCGGCCGCCCUGGCCCGCGGCCGCAGGGCGCCGGUGGUGCACGGCGCGCCCCAGCGUGGGCCUUGCCGCCCGCGCUCCGCGCACGCCGGCGCUGCCGCCCAAGCCGCGCCGGGGGCGGCCGUCGAGGCGCCGGCGCCGGCGAGCGCGCUGCGGGCAGGGAGGGGCUCCCCGGGCUCGCCCUGCCGCACCACAUGCUGGACCCGUUCGAGGCGACCUUGCCUGCGCAGUGAGCCACUACUUCCGCUAG